AAACCGGCUGCAAUUUAAGAAAAAUUACAAAGCAAGAAAAUUAUUUUUACUGAACCAACACAAACAACUGACUACACACAGGACUGCCUCGUGCUGUCCUAGCCACAACGUAUCUGGUCAUCUGCCGCAUUACUUUGCGACGACCAACCCCAUAGACAGUUCUCGCAACUGUCUUCACCAAAUCAAAAAAAAAAAAAAAAAAAAAAAAAAGAAAAUUAUUUCAAGUGUUAUAUGGCUAAUUCAAAUGCAAACCAAUUGCAUCUAAUGAGUUCAUCGACCGGAACUGCAUCUCAAAUGCCCACAAUGGCCCAGGGGCACACUACAGCAUCAGCCAUUUUACACAAUUUUCGAGAGUUAAUCAAGGAACCAAAAGGAUUGGACGAUGCUGCAAACUAUUUGUUCCAGGGGCUACUCGAUGAUGUGGUAGCCGGCAUUUUUAUAGAAAUUCAUCAUUUGCGUAAGACCGGCAAUCUGACAGCACUUGAUGGUGUCGGCGAAGAAAAUGCAGAGUCUGCGUACCGAAUUUGUGAGAUGCCAAAUUUGGACAUUUUUGGCAUAUCAACAGCCAAGAAGCCGAUGGACUGCACCUGCCCAAAUUGUGACAGACUAGUGGCGGCGACCAGAUUUGCACCACACUUGGAGAAAUGCAUGGGGAUGGGGCGCAUUUCAUCUCGCAUUGCCAGUCGACGAUUGGCAACCAAGGAGGGCACCAGCGCAAGCUCCACCUCUACUUCAACAUAUUUACAGUCGGGCAAUACAGGCGGUACCGAUGACGAAGAUGAUGUGGACUGGUCAUCAGAUAAGCGCAAAAAGAAGUCAACACAGAACUCACGCAACAACGGAUCCAAAAAGAACAAUGGAAAAACAUUUUAACGUGAUAUCGUUGGUUUCUAUUAAGCCUUUCUUUAUUGCCUAAUAUAUGGAAUGCAUCGUAUAAGUAUACUUCCUAGUUAUUCUUC